CACUCCCCCAGCCUGCCCUGUGCCCAGUGCUGCAUUGACCCAGCCCGCUCCCGAAUCGCAGGACCCCUUCGUGGAGGCUGUGACCCCCUGCUCCCCCGCUGUCAACUAUGAGCUGCCAUCCCCAGGGGAGAGCAUCACGAAGCAGGUAGACACCCUGGAUGCCACAAAAUCCCCCAGGAGCGGGCAGUCACACCGCAAAACGUCCAGGAGCAUGAGCCUGACCGCGGCCAUGGAGAGCAGCUGCGAGCUGGACCUGGUGUACAUCACGGAGCGGAUCAUUGCCGUCUCCUACCCCAGCACGGCCGAGGAACAGAGCUUCUGCAGCAACCUCCGUGAGGUGGCCCACAUGCUGAAGUCCAAGCAUGGGGACAACUACGUGCUUUUCAACCUCUCCGAGCGGAGACAUGACAUCAGCAAACUUCACCCCAAGGUGCUGGAUUUCGGGUGGCCUGACCUGCACACCCCGGCGCUGGAGAAGAUCUGCAGCAUUUGCAAAGCCAUGGACACAUGGCUCAACGCGGCAGCGCACAACGUGGUGGUGCUGCACAACAAGGGGAACCGCGGCCGGCUGGGGGUGGUGGUGGCUGCCUACAUGCACUACAGCAACAUCUCGGCCAGCGCUGACCAGGCUCUGGACAGGUUUGCCAUGAAGCGCUUCUAUGAGGACAAGGUAGUGCCAGUGGGACAGCCAUCCCAGAAGAGGUACAUCCAUUACUUCAGCGGGCUCCUGUCUGGCAGCAUCAAGAUGAACAACAAGCCUCUCUUCCUCCACCACGUCAUCAUGCACGGCAUCCCCAACUUCGAGUCGAAAGGCGGUUGUCGUCCCUUCCUGAAAAUCUACCAGGCCAUGCAGCCCGUCUACACCUCGGGGAUCUACAACGUGCAAGGAGACAGCCAGACAGGCAUCUGCAUCACCAUCGAGCCUGGCUUGCUCCUCAAGGGCGAUAUCUUGCUGAAGUGUUACCACAAGAAGUUUCGCAGCCCGACCCGUGAUGUGAUUUUCCGCGUGCAGUUCCACACAUGUGCUGUGCAUGACCUUGACGUCGUCUUUGGCAAGGAGGACCUGGACGAGGCCUUCAGAGAUGACCGCUUCCCCGAGUACGGGAAGGUGGAGUUCGUGUUCUCCUACGGCCCUGAGAAGAUCCAAGGCAUGGAGCACCUGGAGAACGGGCCCAGCGUUUCCGUGGACUACAACACGUCCGACCCACUCAUCCGGUGGGACUCCUAUGAGAACUUCAACAUCCAGCGCGAGGACAGCGCGGAGGGUGCCUGGGCUGAGCCACCCCUGCCCGGCAAGCACCUGGAGAAAGAGGUUGGGCACACGCAAGGGCCCCUGGACGGGAGCCUCUACGCUAAAGUGAAGAAGAAAGACUCCCUCCACGGCAGCACCGGCGCCGUCAACGCCACCCGCCUCCCGCUCUCGGCAACGCCCAACCACGUCGAGCACACGCUCUCGGUGAGCAGCGACUCGGGCAACUCCACCGCCUCCACCAAGACUGACCGGACCGAUGAGCCGGGGGUGCCCGGGGCACCCGGCAGCCAGGCAGUGCUGAGCCCUGAGGAGAAGCGGGAGCUGGAUCGUCUCCUUGUCGGCUUCGGCUUAGAAAGCGCGCCGCCCAUGCACAACCACGCGCCCGGCCCCGUGCCGGCACGCCUGCCUGCCAUCCACGUGGUGCCGGCUCAGGUGCACGUCAACGGGAACGCUGCGGCACUGGUGGCCGAGCGGGAGACGGAUAUCUUGGACGACGAGCUGCCCAACCAGGAUGGGCACAGCGUGGGCAGCCUGGGCACGCUCUCCUCCUUGGAUGGCACCACCACUGCCAGUGAGGCCGGCUACCAGGAGGCGCCCCGGGUGGGCAGCCUCUCCUCCCUGCCCAAUGGCCCCUCGAGCUGCAACAGGGCCGAGAAGCUGCUGAAGGAGGGGCUGUACGACGGUGAGCCGCUCUCCAACGGCGGCUACCCUUACAACAACCAGAACACCCUGAUGGGCCACCACCUCCGUGACCCGCUGCCUCCCUUGCAGCCCUCAGCAUCCACUCAGGACAACCUGGCCGGCUACCCGCAGCGCCCGCCAGGCUCCCACGCCCCAGGCUGGCUCCAGCCCCAGCCGCUGCCCGGCUCCCAGCCCUACCUAUACGGCUACGACCCCCCUGGCGCCUACCGCUCCCGGUCCUUCCCAGCGGUGGACACGGCCAAGUACGAUGCGACCCCAGCGCUGCCCCAGGCCCCGGCUCGCAGCACCAGCAGCCGGGAGGCUGUACAGAGGGGCUUGAAUUCCUGGCAGCAGCAAGGAGGGAGCCGGCCGCCUUCCCGGCUGCAGGAGGGUGGCGUGGAGAGCCACAGCCCCAGCGUCUCCAGCUGCAGCCCCCAGCCCAGCCCGCUGCAGCCGGUGCCCCCGCACAGCCACAGCAUGCCCGAAUUCCCCCGGGCGCCCUCCCGCCGGGAGAUUGAGCAGUCCAUUGAAGCGCUCGACGUCCUCAUGCUGGACCUUGCGCCUGCCGUGCACAAAUCGCAGAGCGUCCCUGCCGCCUUCCGCCAGGACAAGCCAGCAGGACCCUUGCUCUCCUCCCUCUCGGCCCAGCCCAUUGCCGGUCUCUACACCCGGCCAGCUCCACAAGUGGUCCAGCCGAGGUCCUUUGGCACCUCCGUGAGCCCCGUGGUCUCCGAGCCUGGGGGUAAAGCCUAUUCUCCCGGGGAGCCGGACUAUGGGGUGCACGAGUAUCGGGAAACCUAUUUGCCCUACAGCUACCAGCCGGCACCGGUGCCAGAGCCAAGGAGCUACAGCCAUGCCCCAGCCGGAGCACCGAUGGGCAUCCUCCCGCUCAGCACCUCCUACAGCCCAGUCGGGUCUCAGCAGCUCCUUGUGUCCUCUCCGCCUUCCCCCACUGUCCCACCACAAACCCAGAUGCCCCCCAAGGGACCGGAGAGCUACGAAGACCUGUCAAGGUCGGCAGAAGAGCCCUUGAAUCUGGAGGGCCUGGUGGCCCACAGGGUGGCAGAGUACAACGCCAAGCUCAGGGACCUCAACAAGAGCACCAAAGUCCCCCGUCCUCCUCUGAACCAGCAACGGUCCUUCUCCUUCUCCGGGGUGCAGUCCCGGGAGAAGCCCCCGGAGGAGAGUGCCGUCCCUGCCCGCAAGCGGACCCCUAGCGACAGCCACUAUGAGAAGAGCUCACCGGAGCCCAGCUCGCCCCGCAGCCCCACCGUCCUCUCGCCUGAGGUGGUCAGCACCAUUGCGGCCAACCCUGGAGGGAGGCCCAAAGAGCCUCACCUCCACAGCUACAAGGAAGCCUUCGAAGAGAUGGAGGGUGCCUCCCCCACCAGCCCACCCUCUGGCGGCGGUGAGAUUUCUCCCCCCACCCCAGCCUUCCCUGUCUCGCCACAAACCCCUUACUCCAACCCCUUGCGUUCUCCCCCUGGCCUGGCCAAGACCCCACUCUCAGCGCUAGGGCUGAAACCCCACAACCCAGCCGAGAUCCUGCUGCAUCCAGUGGGAGAGCUAGAAGGGGAGGCGGGCGGUGGCUCUGAAGAAGAGCCCAGGAGCUACGUCGAGUCAGUGGCCCGCACGGCCACGACGGGCAGGGGAGGGAGCCUGCCUGCCACCCAGCCCGGGGGCCCGGAGGUGCCUGCCAGGAACGGCACCUUCACCAACUCCUUCACUGUCCCCAGCCCCGUCUCCACCAGCAGCCCCAUUCACAGCGUGGACGGGGCCUCCCUCCGCAGCUACCCGUCGGAGGGCAGCCCCCAUGGCACGGUUACACCUCCCCAUGCCUCGGCUGAGCCUGUUUACCGGUCACCUGUCGGCUCGCAGAUGCCCUCUGCUCACAGCAGCUACCAAAACUCGUCUCCAUCUUCCUUUGCAAUGGUCCAAGGUGGGGUCCCAGGCUCGGCGUACGCCAGCCCCGACUACCCCGAUGGCCGAGCUGGCCUCCAGCUGGACCCCCAAGCUCGGCCGCAGCCGCAGGUCAACGUGGUGGGGGUCCAUGUCCUGCCAGGGAGCCCCCGCACCCUGCACCGGACAGUGGCUACCAACACGCCGCCCAGCCCCGGCUUUGGGCGAAGAGCCGUUAACCCUGGCGUGAGCGGCGCUCCUGGCAGCCCCGGGCUGGGCAGGCACGCUGUGGCGGCCCAUGGCAACCUGGUGGCCCCCCCGGGGAGCCCCAGCCUGGCCAGGCAUCAAGCUGUGGUGGCCGUUCCCCCCGGCAGCCCCCUGUACGGCUACCCCAGCCCGGAGGAGAGGCGCCCGACGCUGUCUCGGCAGAGCAGCUCCUCGGGCUACCAGCCUCCCUCCACGCCGUCCUUCCCCGUCUUGCCGGCGUACUAUCCCGGCACGAGCACGCCACACUCCUCCUCCCCGGACUCAGCUGCCUACCACCAAGGCAGCCCCACGCCACAGCCCGCGCUGCCCGAGAAGCGGCGGAUGUCGGCCGGGGACCGCUCCAACAGCCUGCCCAAUUACGCCACCAUCAACGGCAAGGCGUCCUCGCCCCUCUCCAGCGGCAUGUCCAGCCCCAGUGGUGGGAGCACCGUCACCUUUUCUCACACUCUGCCGGACUUUUCCAAGUUCUCCAUGCCAGACAUCAGCCCCGAGACUCGUGCCAACGUCAAGUUUGUGCAGGACACUUCCAAGUACUGGUAUAAACCGGAGAUCUCCAGGGAGCAGGCCAUUGCACUGCUGAAGGACAGGGAGCCAGGGGCUUUCAUCAUCCGAGACAGCCACUCCUUCCGGGGAGCCUACGGCCUCGCCAUGAAAGUAGCUUCUCCACCUCCCACGGUCAUGCAGCAGAACAAGAAAGGAGACAUCACCAAUGAGCUGGUGAGGCACUUCCUCAUCGAGACCAGCCCGCGGGGUGUGAAACUAAAAGGAUGCCCCAACGAGCCCAAUUUUGGUUGCCUCUCAGCUCUGGUGUACCAACACUCCAUCAUGCCCUUGGCCCUGCCCUGCAAGCUGGUCAUACCUGACCGAGAUCCCAUGGAGGAAAAGAAAGACACCGUGUCGGCCACCAACUCGGCCACAGACCUCCUCAAACAGGGUGCGGCCUGCAACGUCCUCUUCAUCAAUUCGGUGGAGAUGGAGUCACUGACGGGCCCCCAGGCCAUUGCGAAGGCCGUUGCCGAGACGCUGGUGGCCGACCCCACGCCCACCGCUACCAUCGUCCACUUCAAAGUCUCCGCACAAGGCAUCACUUUAACCGACAACCAGAGGAAAUUGUUCUUCCGACGACACUACCCCCUCAACACUGUCACCUUCUGCGACCUGGACCCCCAGGAACGAAAGUGGACUAAAACUGACGGCAGCGGCCCAGCCAAGCUCUUCGGCUUUGUGGCCAGGAAGCAAGGGAGCACCACAGACAACAUCUGCCACCUCUUUGCUGAGCUGGACCCUGACCAACCGGCUGCAGCCAUCGUCAACUUUGUCUCCAGGGUCAUGCUUGGCUCUGGCCAGAAAAGAUGAGCCAGCGCUUGCGGGUGAUUCUUGAAUUUUGGAGAAGGACUUGGAGCUGAUCCGAGAAGGAGUGUGAGGAAGUGCAUUGUGGGUUAGGGAAGUGAAUUGGGGGGGAAAAGGGUUGGAAUUUUGGAGGAAAACAGCAAACAACAAAAAAAAUCCCAACGAAACCCCUAUAAACUCAACACAAGCCAAACACACACAUAGAGGAACCAAAACCACGCACCUACGUAAGACAGCCAUAAAGUCACGCCAGACAGGAUGCAUGUCCCAGCGCAGGGAAGGUGACCAAAGCGAAGGCAGCAGCGAGAGGCGUGUUCCCAGCUUUCGGCAUCACGGUCCCGAGCGGUGACAUCCACUCGGGACCAAACGCGGGACCAUGACUGGUGUUUUCCAUCUGGAAAAAAAAGAGACAACCGUCAAAACCCAUGGAAGAAACUCCAUCCCAGCAGCUCCAUUGGUGAAUGCUGCGUGUUUCAAACAACCCGUAGAAGAUAACAAUGUGGGCUGGGUCUGCGGGACACCGGAGAUGCCCUCGGAAACCUUCCCUUGCCCAGCUGCAGCGGAGGGUCCUCGCCGGCCCCCGCGCUUCUCCCAAAACCUGCUGGCCGCCUGGUGACUUGCUGGGGGCGCGGGGGGGCUUUGUCUCGAGCCCUCCCGUCCCCAGGGAGCUUGGCCAUGGGCUGACAUCCGUUGCUGACCCAGAGCCCAGCGCUGGUCACAGGUGAGCUGCUGUGAGUCCACCUGGAGAGGGGGGUCACGGCGUUUCCCCACCUCCCCAGGGGUGCUUGUGACCCCAGCCCACGGGCAGGUGUGGGGGGCUCCUGCCACCCUGCACCUGGGGAAGGCAGAUGUUCCCUGGGAACCUCCCGGGAGGAUGCGGAAAGUCGCAUCCUCUCCCGUCUUCCCCUUUUCCCUCCCAUCACUAGUCCUCUUUGGCAAUUUUCUCCUGCGGCCUGUCACAUGUUCUCUUAACACAAAAAAACAAAA